AUGAAGGCCAUUGCCAUCUACAACUGUACAGCUGACGACGAUGAGGAGCUCUCGUUCAAAGAAGGCGAUAUUUUGACCGAUGUGAAAAAGUCCAAUGAGGAUGGCUGGUAUGAAGGACGAUUAGAAGCCACGAAUACUCGAGGUCUGUUUCCCUACAACUAUGUCAAGUUCAUUACCGAGUCUGCAACCUCCAAAGCGAUUCCACGUUCGACGCUAGGUGCUAGCAGCAACAACAACAACACUGCUACUAUGGAUAACCAGUUCAGUGCAAGCGUUUCACCUCCCAACUCGACGUUAUCUUCGACAUGGUCGGUUAUUUCUACACGCGAUGAUGAUACGAUUGAUCAUCAUCAUCAUCAUCAUCAAUCAACCCCAGCACCACCCUUGUCUUCUUCAUCAGCAACACGUCCUCUUUAUCCACCCAUGUCUGCUACCAUGACAGCAACCAGCACAACACCCCCACCACCACCAACUUCAUCAUUCAACAACAACAAUAACAAUGAUAAGGCAUUAAAAGCAGCUGAUGCCUUUGAAAAGGCUAUGAUGCAACAACAAAAACCAGCAACACUCAAACCAACAUCCAAGCCAGCAGCAGGUACUUCUGUUGUACCUUUGACAUUGACAGAGGAUAAGGAUCACAAACCAGCUACUGCACCAAAGCCUGCUCAAUUGCGAAAGACCAGUAUAUCAUCACCAUCUUCUUCCGUAGCAUCACGUGUACGAUCCUUUUCUACAUCAGCAGCACAACAUAAUGAUACUUCGGAUACAACGCGACCACGUAACAAUAGCAACGCGAUGCCCAUCAUUCGACCAAAGCCAUACGCUACAAAAUCAACUGCUAGCAGCACCAUGGUGAAUCGACCUGGAAAGAUGAAUAAUGGUACAUCAAACAGAGAACAGCGGAUGGAAAAGGUGAUCUUUGAUAAUGAUGUAGUGGAAGAUGACGAUGGAUACCAGGUUGUUACGCCUUCACUUCUUCGACAACGUCAACCAUCAUCCAUGAUUACAACCAAAUCAGCACCUUUUGGUACUAAGCCAGUAUUACCUACACCUUCCAAGAUGGCUGCUGCUGCUGCUGUUGGUUCCAAACCUAUCAUGUCUGAUACAAAGCCAUUUUUUGUUGCUCCCUCCUCUUCUUCUUCUCCAUCACCAGCAUCAUCGCAUAAGCCGACUCCUGUGACUUCACCAACAAGAGGAAAACAACAAUCAUCCAAGUUGGCAGAUUUACCUACAGCUACGAAUCCUGCACCCAAGUUACCAUCACGACCUACGUCUACAGCUAGCCGCCGGCCACGUUCUUCUAGAUCUACAUCCACAACGCCAUCCGUAUCAAAAACCAAUACACCUUCACCAACAAUCAAUGCAGCUAUUAUAGAAAAGAAACAAACACCACCGGCACCACAUCCAAAGCCUCCACAGCUAUCUCAGGACACAUCUUCUUCACCAACAUCACCACGUGCUAAGGGUCGUAGUGUAUCCAAUCCACCACCCCUUCAACCAAAACCCUCUUUUUCAGCCAAACAACAUGCUAUCAAACCAGAGGUGCCUGUUCAGAGCAAGCCAGAAGUCAUUCGUAAACCACCACCGCCACCAACACAAGCAACAACACCAACACCAGCACUCCCUGUACGACCUGUUGCUGCUAGACGUGAGCAAUUUGAACAAUCAGAGAACACUACCAAUCGUGCACGUUCCAAAUCGAAUGGAUGGAAACCACCUUCUACUACUGCCACCACCAACACACCACCUUUACUACCCGCACGGACCAAUGCUAUUCCUGUUGCACAACGUCAACCGCCACCGCCACCGUCAUCCAUCAUGGAGAAAAAGACACCGCCACCUCCACCUCCAUCACGACCUGUUCAAAGCACCUAUCGAUACGAAGAAUUAUUCAAUGCUAUUAAUGAUGAUGGGAUUGUCGAUGGAGAAACAGCAAGAGUGAUUUGGAAAAGGAGCAAAGUGCCGGAUGAUGUAUUAGCUCGGAUAUGGCAACAAUGUGAUCCCAAAGGUUGUGGUAUGCUCAACAAGGCCGCUUUUAUCCAAGGCAUGCGUGAAAUUGAUACAGUGCUAGCUCAAAAGUCUUUUGCAUAA